AUGUCCCGGUCCCGGUCCAGCAUCGCGAGCGACGGCCAUGACCGACUGGAGCCGCGACUCCUGCGAGCCGCGGAAAACGACAAUGUCGAAGCCCUGCGGCACAUCAUCGACCUCGCCCGCGACAAUGGCCAAUUCAGCGAUAACUUCCUCCGCGUGGGACUCAUGCGGAGCUGCGAACGCGGUCGCAUCGACGCAACCCAGUACCUCCUGAGCCUGGGCGCAAAGACCGACGUCCCAACGCACCGUCUUUCUCCACUGCUACGCGCUGUCGAGCGCAAUCACGUCCGCAUCGUGCAACUCCUCCUAGACUACGGCGCCUCCUCCGAGACAACCGACAAGGAGGGCCGCACAGCGCUCAUGACCGCCGCGUGGCGCAACCACUGGCACGUUCUGCAGCUGCUCAUCUCGCGCGGCGCGGACGUCAACGCCCGUGACAGCAAGAAACGCAACAUCCUCCACAACCUCGCCGCCGACAAGCAGUGCGACUGGGGCGACGCCGUCGUUGACCUCCUCCUCGGCACAGUCUGCGACGUCGACGCGCGCGACGAGCUCGGCCGCACCCCGCUGCACUGGGCCUGCGCGACGGGUAAGCUCCGUCUCGCUGAGCGGCUGCUUCGCACGCCGGCGGACGUCAACGCCGGCGAGUCUCGCGGCAAGACAGCCCUGCAUGUGGCGAUUGCGCACGGUCGGGACGACAUGGUCCAGCUGCUUCUGCAGCACGGGGCGCGCAUCGACUCGCGCAGCGACGGUGGCUGGACGCCGCUGCAUAACGCGUGCGAUAGCGGCUCGGAGACGAUCGUGCGUAUGUUGAUGCGUGCCGGCGCGCCGAUCAACUCCCAGCUGCUGAAUGGAGUGACCCCCCUGCAUUUGGCUGCGCAGGCAGGCCACCGUGCGGUAGUGGAGUGUCUCUUGGAGCGGCCGGAUCUGAAACGUCGUGUGCGUGAUAACUUCGGGAGCACGCCGUUCCUGCGCGCGGCGCAGUUCAAACGCAAAGAUAUUGUCGCCUUAUUGGCCCCAUUCAAUAAUGUCGAUGCGCUGACACCGGACGCGCGUGGUGCGUGCGAGGGCUUCGACGCGACGGUCGUCGACUUUGGAAACUUUCACAACGAAAACCGCGUGAUCAAGACCUCCGUCUUCAACCUGUUGUAUGGCCGUGACGCGGAGAACUCACGCAAGCAGGCCUUCACAACCAUUCCCGCGAACAGCAAGGCCACCGACUUUAGAUGGAUCCAUCUGCCCGCGAACAACAUGGCUUGGGUUGAGGCCCUCCUGACCAAGAACUUCAUUGAAGAGGGCGCCCAUGAUGUCGAGAGUUUCAAGGGCCUGGAGAGGUCUUUCCGCUACCAGCAUCGCGGCCAGCGUACCCACUCGCAUUUCAUGCGUCCGCUGUGUCAGAGCUCGCCGCGCGUGCCGCGGCCGAUUCUGCGACAGGAAGAGAGCUACAGCGAGAAGACUGACGAGGAAAAGCCUCCGCAGAUUGUCAUCAACAACAAUAACACCAGCAACAGCCACGCCUCCACCCGCGGAGGCGAGGACACCGCUAAGUCCAAAAAGCAAAAGAAUCAGGGGACGAAGUUUGAGCGCGUGGACUCGAACUCCCAAGACGAUGGCGGGAAUGGCUCACAGGGAAAGAAAAGCAAGGCCCAAACCAAGAAAGGGAAGUCGGGCUCAACCCCUCCAAAGACCCGUCAGGAUGACAAGCAGCGCGCGCCUCUGUCACUGUGUCGCGAUCAGCCCAGCUGCAAUGUGUGCAUGUUCAUGCCAUACCUCCACUUUGAGACGGCAGAACGCCGCGAGAAAAUGCAGGAGGCCAUCCAGCGCGCCGAGACGCAGCAUGCACCGCCUCAGGGCAUCACGCGGUCCCCGACGCGCGACGAGAUGCUGCUGCGGGCACAUCUGGCGUCCUCGACGACAUCGUUGCAUGUCCGCCGCACGCUUGACCAAUUCUUCUACCCCAACAUCGAUACGCAGACGCGCGACCGUGACCAGGUCGUGUACAGGUACCAGACGAAGGGGCAGGGCCGCGGGCGGUUUGCAACCGAGCCGAAGAUCUUCAUGGUCGACCAGCUGUGGAUGUGGAUCAUGGGCACGAACUUGAUCGUGACGAGUUUUCCACAGCGGUGGGAGCAACCGAAGAAUGACCCGCUCAACGUCCUAGACGGCAUCAUCGAGGACAUCAACUCGAAAACCCGCGAGCCUGUGCGCUCCGUGUACGACCUCGCGAUCAUCAUCACCAACCGCUGCUCGGGCGUGUUUGACCGCCACCGUAUGGGCGACGAGGAGUACCAGUUUCUCGACAUGUUUGAGGCGUCCAUCGGUAUUGCGACGGACCGCGAGACUAUGCUGUUCAACCGGUUCAACCGGGCGUCGGCGCAGGCGUCCGACUGGCUCAAAAACCAUCGCAAGCUGAGUCGGUUUAAACAGGAUUCGCCCGAUGGCGACAAGCCGCAUCUGCAGUUCAUGAUGCUCCAGGAAGACGGUGCUACCAUCAUCGCGGAGGACGAUGAAGAGCCCCUCUUCGUCGACAACCUCCUCGAUAUCGGCCAGGAAAUCGACCUCCUUUCCGAAGCAAAGGAUAUCCGAGACGAGCUCGGCAUGAUCCGCACGGUUUUGGAACACCAGCAGCACGUGCUGGACGACUUUUACGGGGCCAUCUGUGAGAUCUACCAUGGACAGCAGCGGUCGCAGUACGAGGUCAAGAAACGGUUCAAGGAGCAGCAGCGUACGAUCGACAUGCAUCUCAAGGACAUCAGCCGCAUGGACCACCAAGCUGAGCGCAUCUACUCCUCCAUCACGGAUCUCCUCGAUCUCAAACAGAAACACGCUAACGCUUUCGAGGCCCGCUUCGCGCGCGACCAGGCCGCCGGCACUACUCGCCAGGGCAAGAUCAUCAUGGUCUUUACCAUUGUCACCAUCAUCUUCCUCCCGCUGUCCUUCAUCACCUCCAUCUUCACCAUCAACAUUGCCGAAUUCCCGCGCAAUGCUGAGGGCAGCCAAAACCUGCACCUAUCCUAUGUUGCGAAGUAUACCUUCGGCAUUGGAUUUGCCAUUUCCAUCCCGCUGAUCCUGCUGGCGCUGUCGGUUGACGAUAUCGGCGAUGUGUGUCUCGAGGGCGCGCGGCGCAUGCGCCGUUGGUUGUCACGGCGGAGGAGUGCUUCAAUGAUACAGUCGGAUACAGGGACUGUGGAUCGGCCUGUUACGGCACGGGAAAUGAAGAAGAUACUCAGCGGACGACGGAGCUAUGAGUCGGAUCUUCCGAGUGUGUUGCCUGUCUCGACGCGAGACACGGGCCCGGUCGAGGCGGAAGAACAUGUUUGUUCGUGA